GCAGGAAAAGGAGGAGGAGGAAGAGGAGGAGCAGCAGCAGAAGCGCGCGGUUCCCCCGCCCGCCCGCUGAGGCCGCAGCUCCCCCGGCUCCGGCAGCAUCGCCCCCCCGCAUCCCGAGAGCAGGAUUUCCCAUUGCCAAGCCGUGGCCGGAUGGAGGAGGAGGAGGCCGCGAAUAAGAGGAAGAUGCCCCGGGAGCCCCAGGCAGACAGGGAGCUGAGCACGGAGCCCAGAGAGAACAAAUCCCCAUGGCAGAAGCUGGUGGGAGAGGCCGUUUUGAGUGGCUCCACGGGGCAGGAAUCUAAGGGGGAGGAAGAGCCCCAGAGAUGCUGCACAAGGAGGGGCUGCAAACACAGCCCAAGGAGGUCCAAGGAGGAAGGUGGCCGGAGAUCCAGCCAGAGCUUGGAGCUGGGGGUCCAUGAACAGCUUCACAAUGGGGAGAAGCCUCACAAGUGCUCAAAAUGUGGGAAGGGCUUCAGGUGGAAGUCCAGACUGAUUGUCCACCAGAGAAUCCACACCGGAGAGAGGCCCUACGAGUGUGGGGAGUGUGGGAAGAGCUUCAGAGACAGCUCCAGUCUGAUCUGCCACUGGAAAAUCCACACAGGGGAGAGGCCCUACGAGUGUGGAGAGUGUGGGCAGAGCUUCAGCCAGAGCUCCAACCUGAUUGUCCACCAGAGAAGCCACACAGGGGAGAGGCCCUACGAGUGUGGGGAGUGUGGGAAGAGCUUUGGCCGGAGAUCCAGCCUGUGGGCACACCAGCGGACGCACACAGGGGAGAGGCCCUACGAGUGUGGGGAGUGUGGGAAGAGCUUUGGCCGGAGAUCCAGCCUGUGGGCACACCAGCGGACGCACACAGGGGAGAGGCCCUACAAGUGUGGGGAGUGUGGGAAGAGGUUUCCAAGGAGCUGCAGUCUCCUCAAACAUGAGCAGAGUCACACGGAUGAGAGGCCCUUCCGCUGCCCCGACUGCGGGAAGGGCUUCCAGCGCAACUACACCCUCAUCAUCCACCGGCGCAUCCACACCGGGGAGAGGCCCUACGAGUGUCCCCAGUGUAGGAAGAGUUUCUCACAGAGCUCUAACUUGACCCAACACCAACGGAGCCACCACUAAGGGAAGCCCUGCGAGUGCCCCGAGUGCGGGAAGAGCUUUGUGCGCUGCUCCAGCUCCAUCCCCCGUGGGAGGAUCGGCGUUGGAUGAUCCCCAGUGACCCCCGUUGGGCAGAGCCCCAGAGCUCCGUGGUGCUGGUGAUCUGUGUGGGAAGACACCAGGCUGGGCGGCUCCGCCUCUUCCUGGCUCCCCGUGGCCUUGAUUUUCUUUUCAUUUCUCUUUGUCCUUUCAAAACACCCAAACCCAGGGUAAAAAUAAAGAUGUUGAACUAAGACAUGGAUGGGGACGUGGGGGGAUCUUCCAGGGGAUGUGGGAGAUGCUGGCUUCAAGGGAGUUGAGGGUUCCUGGUGAUUCAUUAAAUCUCGAUAUCCAUGGACAAAGACCCUCUAACUAAUUAAAGUUAGAAAGUGGUAUGUUUAUUCAGGCACCAGUGGGGGGGCAUGGGAGUAGCCUCCUAAAGACAUGCCAGCCAAGUACAAGGUUUCUCGUUCUCUAUUUAUUACUCAAAGUUUUACAUCUUCUGCAUAUGUAUGACCCCAGCACCUCCCAUCCUCCGCUUUGUAUUAAAAUGAGAUCAUUGGUCUUUCA